CAAGUAGUACCGUAGCAUCUUUUAUAGCUUAAGGUUAGCUUUCUUUAAUAAACCCUUCCCCCACUCUCCUCUCUCUCUCCUCUUGGCGUUCCUUGGAAUCUGAUAAUCAAUGGCGAACAGCAAUUUACCUCGAAGGAUUAUCAAGGAAACACAGCGGCUUCUCAGUGAACCAGCUCCAGGAAUUAGUGCUUCACCUUCAGAAGAUAACAUGCGAUAUUUCAAUGUAAUGAUACUUGGUCCAUCGCAAUCCCCUUAUGAAGGAGGAGUAUUCAAGUUGGAAUUGUUUUUACCUGAAGAAUAUCCCAUGGCAGCUCCCAAGGUUCGUUUCCUCACCAAAAUAUACCAUCCUAACAUCGACAAGCUGGGGAGAAUAUGCCUAGAUAUUCUUAAAGAUAAAUGGAGUCCAGCCCUCCAGAUCCGCACAGUAUUGCUGAGCAUCCAAGCUCUUCUUAGUGCUCCAAACCCAGAUGACCCACUUUCGGAGAACAUUGCAAAGCAUUGGAAGAUGAAUGAAGUUGAAGCUGUUGAAACAGCGAAAGAAUGGACCCGUUUGUACGCGACCGGUGCAUGAUGACAGGAAUGUGCGUACUACUUGCAAAUGUCAUUUCUGAAAGUGUAUUAUGUUUAAGCUGAAUGGUUGUCAUUUCUGAACAAGUCAUUGUAUGAACAAUCAGGAAUUAAUCUACUCCAGCCCUUGGGUACUACUGGCUGUGUUGAUAGUUGUUAUCUCUUCUAUGUGAAAGAUUAUAUGGAAGUUUGAUGAUCAUCGAUCUCGACUUUUACAUAAUUGCGGAACUUGUCAAUAGAUUCUGAAAUAUUUCGAAUGUUUGGCGCCAACACAACUAUUCUUAUAUAUUGUUUCUCUCUCUUUUAACA